AUGCGAAAAAGGAUCUGCAUACUGGUGAACCUGGCCCACAGGCUCAAGGCCUCUCCUUACCCAUUGGUGCAGGCCCCGGAGACUGUGAGUCCAACUGUACUUUAUUCUCCCCCAGCCAUACCAGAGGCCCAGCAUAACACCCAGCUUAACCAUGGAGGCCAGCCUUGGGAGCGACUCCCAUCCAAGAGGGACGCUGCCACCCUAACCGACAGGGGGACAGGGACAGAGGGUCAGGCCCCACGAGGGCGGAGGCACUGGGAGCUCCACAGACCAGAGGAGUCCCUGGAGCGCUGGAAGAGGAGGAGGCCCAGGAGGAGAAGCAGGCACAGGGAUGAGUACAACUCUGAGGAGGAGGAAGAAGAGGAGUUUGAGUUCUUGGAGAGGGGGAGAUCCAGACGGAGCCGAGAGCCAGAAGUUCUGCGGGAGAGGAGGGAGGUGGAGCCGCCUGUUGUCCAUGAAGAGGACUUCAGAGACCGGAUCAGAAAGUCCCAGUCGGUGACACCAAAACCCAAUGCUGUGAUGCCAGCGGCCAUGAAGACCGCCGAGAGAUCCAGGUCUGCAGCCCACAAGGACAAGGCCCAGUUUUUCACCGGACUCAUGAUCGGCGGGGAAACAGAGGGGGAUGUGGCCACACAGAGGCGGAAGGACCGCUACAGACAGGAGCUGCUGGAACAGAUGGCUGAGGGGCAGAGGAACAAAAAGAAGGAGAAGGAUCUUGAGCUGAGGGUUGCUGCCACUGGGGCGAUUGACCCAGAGAAACAGCCUGACCGCAUUAUGCAGUUUGGGGCGGUGAACCGCGAAUAUGAGGGCCGGAGACGUGACAUCCCCUAUAGACCCGGAGUAGGCCUUGACGCCCUGGGGACCAACUCUAGCCCCAGGCCCCGCCAGGAGAUGCCUGAGGCGGGCACAGAGGAGAGAGGUCCCCCUGGGAGGCCCCGUGUUGCCUUCCCCUCCCCUCCAAUGGACUACACUAACAUCUUGGGCCAACUAACAGGGGCAGGGGGGCCGCGGUUAGGGAUGGGGGCUGGAGCAGGGGCAGGCAUGGGGGUGCCUGGGGGCGCCCCUCUCAAUGAAGACUUCCACAGGAGCCUCUCUAGUACCCUGGGAGAGAUAGUCGCCCCAAGAGGAGCCUAUCAGCAUGCUGUGGCCCUCCCUGGAGCUGGGCUGGGUGUUGGAGCGAUAGGAGAGAGGCCCAAGCAGUCCAAGGAGAGUGUGUUGAACUACCAGGGAGCAUUGAGACAACAGAUCCAGGAAAGAGAGGAGCGAAAAAGACAGGAGAGGGAGAAAAGGGAUCGCUAUGAUGCCAAGAUCGAGGCCGAGAUGAAGGCCUAUGAUCCCUGGGGGAAGGGGGGAGGAGGGGCCCCUCUCAAAGACGACAGGGGAAAUCUCAUCAGUGAUCUGAACAGAAUGCACAGGAUCAACAAGGAGGUGUACGUAAACCCAGAGUCCAGGGACAGGAGAUGGCCGCAGGGCUCUGUAGGCAGGAUUGGAGGUGGAGGGGGACUUACCCCCAGGGGAAUAUCAGGUUUCUCCUUUGCCCAGACGUCCCAGUUCGCCCGUAGCAACGUGUUCAGUGAUCAGCCUACUCCACAGCAGCUCCAGGAUCAGGACACAUACAAAGACUACCUGAAGCAGCAGAUCGAAGAGAAAAGGAGGAAGGAAGCGAAGGAGAGGGACCGUGAAAGGAUGGAGGAGGAGAGGGAGGAGAAGAGGCUGGCAGAGCAGAGGGUUCUUAUCCAGCAGGAGUUUGAGGAGGAGCAGCAGAGGAGGAAACGGAAGGAGAUCGAGCAAAGUGCCAAGAAUGAAGAGCUGAUCCGCCAGGCUGAGGAGCGCCGUAAAGAGGCGGACAGGAAGAGCAGGGAGGAGGAAGAGCGUGAGAGCAAGACCCUGAGACAGCAGGUUGAGAGGGAAAGACGGGCGCAAAAGGAAGAGAGUCAGAGGGAUCCGUCACCCCCUAUCCCAGCCCUGCAGAAGAGACUGGGGAAGCAGCACCUCACUCCCAGACCUCCCUCUGCUGUCAGCCAGCUCUCCUCUAGGGCCCUGUCUGAGCGUUCUAUGUCAGCACCACACUCUCCACCUGUACCUGCCAGGAGAAACCAGCUCCGAGCCACAGAGGACCAGCAGCAGGGUGUGAUCAGCGAGUUGUCCACGCUGCGGAGACAGCUGCGGAGCGAACAGAGACGGCUGGAGGGGCAGCUGCUGCAGAGUGACAGAGAGGAGACAGACACACCCAUCUCCACCAGGCGCAGAGGGCGCCCCCAUGGGGACGUGUUUGAGAUGGCACUCAUCAGAGCCCAGGGGUCGUCCAGACGACCCAACUCUGGAACGGCUGCUGCAGCUGCCCAUGUCAACAUGCAGAACAUCAGGGAAUUUAACCAGCUCAAAUACAGAGACAGCGCAUCUCGUGAGGAGGUGCAUCAUGUGUACCCCGACCCCCCCAGUGAUGAACACAGUCUGGACAUCCAGCAGCAGGCUCUGCUCAGGGAGCAACAACGCAGGAUCAGGAACAUGAGGAGAGGAGAAGAGUCAGAUUACCCCAAUGGUGACACAGGGUCCCCAUCCCCAACGCAAGCCCAGGUUAACCUGAGGUCCAGACAGCCCUCAGCCCAGGAGAGGGAGAGCAGGAGGCCCGCCAGGAGAAGAGACUUUGAGGAUGACAUGGUGACUCCCAGUGGUCAGAGGGAUGACGAGGGCCAACCGGAUGCCCAGUCUCUAUUCUCUGUGGCCAGCCUGAACCUUGAGGGGGUUAAGGACCGCAACCAGAGACGCAUCCGCAGACUGGAUGACUUCAACGACCACGACUGGAGAUCAGGAGGGCUGUCAGCCGACGAAGGGGACCACCUCUCGCUGCGGUCCACCCCAUACCACCCGGACAGGCGUGUGUCUGUGGAGACGGUUGCCACGGAGCCCUGGCUGCGGCCUGGCACAUCAGACCCGCUGAAGCGGUUAGGGACUGGUCAGAACCGGAGAGAGAGGCCGGUUACUAGAGACAUCCUGGACGGGGAUGGGCCCUCCACCUACCAUGGAUGA